AUCAUGUUGACCCCCAAAAUGGUUACACUAGAAUUGGCUUUUGCCCUCUCUAUGCUUUUAAGAUCCAUUUACUGUUCAUGGAGGUGUGAAAUUGAUCUCUUGUUGAUGAAGAUUGAUAAACUGAGAUUGGAGAUGGUGAUCGGAUUAGCCACAAUGCUGGAGAAAUCAGAGGCUCUAUUCGCUUCAGAUCAUGCAUCGGUGGUCUCGAUGAACUUGUUCGUUGCUCUGCUUUGUGCUUGCAUCGUGCUUGGUCACUUGCUCGAGGAGACUCGGUGGAUGAACGAGUCAAUCACUGCUCUUAUCAUCGGUUCAUGUACUGGGAUUGUGAUCUUGCUUAUAAGUGGAGGCAAAAGCUCAAGGAUUCUUGUGUUUAGUGAAGAUCUCUUCUUCAUUUAUCUUCUUCCACCGAUUAUAUUCAAUGCAGGAUUUCAGGUUAAGAAGAAGCAAUUUUUUCGCAACUUCAUGACCAUUAUGUUAUUUGGUGCUGUUGGUACUCUCAUUUCAUUUGUUAUCAUAUCACUAGGUGCUAAACAUUUUUUCGAGAAAAUGAAUAUCGGUGAUCUUACCAUUUCGGAUUAUCUAGCCAUUGGAGCAAUAUUCUCUGCUACAGACUCUGUUUGCACCUUGCAAGUGCUUAAUCAAGACGAGACACCUCUCUUGUACAGUCUUGUCUUUGGAGAAGGUGUAGUGAACGAUGCCACAUCGGUCGUGCUCUUCAACGCGAUACAGAGAUUUGACCUCACACACAUCAAUUCAGCCAUAGCUUUGGAGUUUGCUGGAAACUUCUUUUAUCUCUUCAUCUUGAGCACAGCACUUGGUGUUGCAGCUGGAUUGCUCAGUGCUUUUGUUAUCAAGAAGCUCUAUAUCGGAAGGCACUCUACUGAUCGUGAAGUUGCACUUAUGAUGCUAUUGGCUUACUUAUCAUAUAUGUUGGCAGAGCUGUUCCACUUGAGCUCUAUCUUGACUGUGUUCUUCUGUGGUAUUGUUAUGUCUCACUACACAUGGCACAAUGUUACAGAUAAAUCAAAGGUCACUACAAAACAUACUUUUGCUGCAUUGUCAUUUCUAGCUGAGAUUUUUAUCUUCCUUUACGUUGGAAUGGACGCUCUCGAUAUCGAGAAAUGGGACGUUGUACGCAGCAGUCCUGGUCAGUCGAUUGGAGUGAGUUCAAUACUUCUGGGGCUUAUUCUUGUGGGUCGCGCCGCCUUCGUGUUCCCACUUUCCUUCCUGUCCAAUUUAACAAAGUCUUCACUGGAUGAGAAGAUAGAUUGGAAGAAACAAGUAACCAUUUGGUGGGCUGGUCUGAUGCGUGGUGCAGUGUCUAUGGCUCUUGCUUAUAACCAGUUCACAACUUCAGGACACACCAAGGUUCUUGGAAACGCUAUCAUGAUCACCAGCACCAUCACUGUUGUUCUUUUCAGCACUGUGGUGUUUGGAUUGCUAACCAAACCUUUAGUCAAACACUUGCAGCCUUCCUCAAAACGGUCUUCCACGACCGCGCUGCAGAUCACAACAGAAUCUUCUUUCCACGAUCCGCUCCUCACAAACAAUGAGCCGUUGCUCAGUACCCAAGGCCCGUCAGAAUACAACAUAGAACAACCGGUUAGCUUUAGAAUGUUCUGGAACUCUCCGUCCCGAGCCAUUCAUCAUUACUGGAGGAAAUUUGAUAACGCAGUUAUGCGUCGCAUAUUUGGCGGCCGAGGCGUUUCACCAGUAGUUCCAGGUUCACCCAUUGAUACUAGUGUUCGGCAGUGGAGUGAAGAAGUAGAAAACAAGGAACAAAACGGCGAACCUUGAUGACCAUUAUGACAUGGGUAAAUAUCUUUGACUUGUUAAUCGCGUUUUUCGGCGUUUUGGACGCAGCCGCAGCAUGGACCGGCUCUCAUUUUUUGCCUCCAGUUUUGGUAUAAUGGUUUUGCUAGAUAUAUGGGAGCAUUUUUGGAUG